AGAUAGAGAAAGAAAAAUAUAAGAAGCUUUAAAUGCGAGUAGGUUUUGAAGGCUUCUUCUCUUUUUCAUUUCAUUUUUCUCUCUUAAGCAUUAAGCAUUCAGACAACCCAAUCAAACCCAAAUCUUUUUUUCUUCUAGCUAAUUAUAUAUAGCUAAUGAGUCCAUUUUUUCUGUUCAAUUGAACCCAAUUCUUGUUUUUGUAGAUCAAACUGUGUGUACCCUUUUAACAUAAAAACAUAAAGAUUCUGCCUUUGUUGUUGUACAAUUGUGUACCCUUUUGAAAGAAUGGAGAUUUAUGCGUACCCAUCUCGUUUUUGCAUGUCUUCAUUGCCUUUCUUUGGUGAUUUUAUUGAAAGGAUCAAAGAUGUCUGCAAUUUUGCUGUCUCUGCCAUUCUUGGAAACAUUUUCUCUGCCGUCUUUACCUUCUUCUUUGCCUUAGUUGGGACCUUAUUAGGAGCCAUGACUGGAGCUUUGAUAGGCCAAGAAACUGAAAGUGGAUUUGUUAGAGGAGCUGCAGUAGGAGCCAUAUCAGGAGCUGUUUUCUCAAUUGAAGUCUUUGAAUCUUCUCUUCUUCUUUGGCAAUCAGAUGAAUCUGGAAUUGGGUGUCUCCUCUAUUUGAUUGAUGUUAUUGCAAGCCUUCUUAGUGGGAGACUUGUUCGUGAGCGAAUUGGUCCAGCCAUGUUAAGUGCAGUACAAAGCCAGGUAAUUUGCUAUCUACGCAAAAUUCGUUACUCCGUGAGUAAUUUACUAUCAGCAUAUUCAUAUUCUUGGGUGUUUCAUCAGAUGGGUGCUGUUGAAACAAGCUUCGAGGAGGUCCAGAACAUCUUUGACACUGGUAGCGCGAAAGGAUUGACGGGAGAUACUGUUGAAAAAAUCCCGAAGAUUAAAAUCACAAGCAAUAACAAUAUGGAUGCUUCAGGGGACAAAGCUGCUUGUUCUGUUUGCCUUCAGGACUUCCAGGUGGGCGAGACAGUUAGAAGCUUGCCGCAUUGUCAUCACUUGUUUCACCUACCUUGCAUAGAUAAGUGGCUUCUAAGGCAUGCAUCUUGCCCUAUGUGCAGAAGGGAUAUGUGAAGUGAUCUUUACCCUGUAAAUUACAAUAUGAGAUAUGCUUAUGUUACUAUAUAUAUUGGCAUUACCUUUCGAGGCUCUUUCUGCUUCUAUUCAUUCUGAUGACUAGAUGAGUCGUAAAUCUUGUUGCCUUAGUAGUUCGGAAAUGCCACGAUCUUUGUACUAGAUUAGUCAUAUGUAUAAAAUUUUGAUUUAUAGUAGUUUUAGUUACUGUA